CCCCCCGCCCCCAUUAAUCGGUGAUGUCCAUUAAACCCACCCACCUUUGAGGAGGGUGGGGCGGACAGGUUAGCCUGGUCGAAAAGCAAAGUUGGCAAAAUCUCUUCGAAUCUCCUUGGACUCGUAGGGUCCGCCACGGGGUAGGUUCGGGGCGCCUGCAACGCGGCGCCGCGGUUCUCCGGACACACGCCCUUGCCUCCCGGCGCUCGGUCACCUCCUCCCUGGCGGCACGUGGGUGGAGCGGGGGCUCCAGGGUCGUCUCGGGCGGCGGCCAAUGGCUGUGAGGGGGUCAGACUCGGUUCCCCGCGAGGGGCGCAGCGGUUGCUAAGUGCCGCGAUGAGACGGAUCCGGCGCCAGCAGCCCAGGGAAGGGGGAGGCGCGAACGAGAGCGCGUGGGAGCGCGGAGGCCGGAGCCGGGAGGCGGAGAGCGACGCCGGGGAGGCGCGCGGGCGCGAACGCACGCCCGGGAGCCGGAGCCCGGCGGCAGUGCGGCCGCGCCCCUGCCCGAGCCCGUGCGGCCGCCCAGCCCCGCUCCGCCCGCCGCCGCCGUCUGGGCUCCCGAGGAUGGAGGACUCCCGGGAGACGUCGCCGUCCUCCAACAACUCCUCCGAGGAGCUCAGCUCUGCCCUGCAGCUGUCCAAGGGCAUGUCGAUCUUCCUCGACAUACUGAGGAGAGCAGAUAAAAAUGAUGAUGGAAAAUUGUCCUUUGAAGAAUUCAAAGCAUAUUUUGCAGAUGGUGUUCUGAGUGGAGAAGAAUUACAUGAGCUCUUCCAUACCAUUGAUACACAUAAUACCAACAAUCUUGACACAGAAGAACUAUGUGAAUAUUUUUCUCAGCACUUGGGAGAAUAUGAGAAUGUACUAGCAGCACUUGAAGACCUAAAUCUUUCCAUCCUGAAGGCAAUGGGCAAAACAAAAAAAGACUAUCAAGAGGCCUCCAACUUGGAACAAUUUGUAACUCGAUUUUUAUUGAAGGAGACCUUGAAUCAGCUCCAGUCUCUCCAGAAUUCUCUGGAAUGUGCCAUGGAAACUACAGAGGAACAAACCCGUCAAGAAAGGCGAGGGCCGACCAAGCCAGAAGUCCUGUUGAUCCAGUGGCCUGGAAAGCGAUCAAAUCGCCGAGUCCAGAGACACAACAGCUUCUCCCCGAAAAGCCCCCAGUUCAGUGCCUGUGGCUCAGGCUCAUUAGAAGAAGACAACCAGUGGAUGACCCAGAUCAAUAGACUCCAGAAAUUAAUUGAUCGACUGGAAAAGAAGGAUCUCAAACUUGAACCACGGGAAGAAGAAGUUAUUGAAGGGAAUACUAAAUCUCACAUCAUGCUCGUGCAGCGUCAGAUGUCUGUGAUCGAGGAGGACCUGGAGGAAUUCCAGCUUGCUCUGAAACACUAUGUAGAGAGUGCUUCCUCCCAAAGAGGCUGUCUACGCAUUUCCAUACAGAAGCUUUCCAAUGAAUCUCGCUACAUGAUUUACGAGUUUUGGGAGAACAGUAGUGUGUGGAAUAGCCACCUUCAGACAAAUUAUAGCAAGACAUUCCAAAGAAGUAACGUGGAUUUCUUGGAAACUCCAGAACUCACAUCUACUAUGCUAGUUCCUGCUUCAUGGUGGAUCCUGAACUAGAUGUUCCGUGUUCCUUAUGGUUCCAAGUACAAAACAAGUAUUCUUAUCUAAAAUGUGAAUUGGAAAAUUCUCUGUGGUUACUAAUCUACACUAUACUUUUAACAUAUUUAAGAUGUGCACUCUUCUAAAAUGUCUUCUAGAUCUUUCAUGUGAAUUUUAGCUAAAUUUUUGAAGUCUGCUGUUUUGCUACAUUGUAACCUAAAACCCUUUAGUGGCAAAAUCCUAAUAUGUGAAACAAGUGUAUACACAAAGAAAUAAAAUUGUGAAAAAGAAAUGUUAAAAAGAAUUAAAGUGGGAACUUUCAAAGUAUUACUUCAUAGGAUAGCUUCUGUGGACUUCUCAUAAAGGUUAAAAAGCUAUAAAGGUUAAAUCAAUGUCUUGUCAUUUUUAAGUAACUGAUUUUCUGUGAAUGAAGCUUAUAUUCUUCAGUAUGGCUCACUGUAUUCCCAACUCAUGAUCUUAUGAGUAUUUACUGAAAAAGCUAAUACAUAAUCCAAAAUGAUGUCCUUAUAUGCAGAGAGAGCAACGGCAGGGAUGCAUUUACAUAGAGAAAAGGCCACAGGAGGACAGUGUAAGAAGGUGCCAACAGCAAACCGAGGAGAGGCCCCAGAAGAAAUCAACCCUGCUAGCACCGUGGUCUUGGACUUCCUGUCUCUACAACUGUGAGAAAAAUGCCUUUCUGUUGUUUAAGCUUUAAAAAAAAAAAAAGUUAAUACAU